GUGACGGCUCACUUCACGAGACGAGCCGGGGGGACAGACACCAGGAAUCAGAGGACAGCAAACUAUAAUAUCUCCGAGGACUCCGAGGACUCCGAGGACACAAGGAGUCAUCAUGGCCAGGUGGUGGAUCCCCCAACCCUCCUCCACCCUGAUCUGCUUGCUGUCAUCUCUCUGCACCGGACUCCUCUUCAUCACCAUAAUCCUCCUCGUCACCAUCACACGUGAGGGGGUGGAUCAGACAGAUUACAUCAUGGAGGUGAAGCUGAGGAAUCUGAGUCUAGGGGUGCAAUCCAGAGUGAAGGACCUGUCCCAGCAUGAUUCCUCGAUGAUGGAAAAACUGAAGGCCUUGGAAACCUUUGUGAAGGACCUUAGGAAAUCGGAUGUGAUGAGUAAAGUGGUGGAAAUUGAGUCUUCCAUGAAACGUAUCUUAUCUGAUGAAAUAGCAGGUUCUUUAUCCAAUGAUCAUCAGAGGAUUUUGGCAGCUCUGGGUGACCUGGCUGAUGAGAUCUGGAAAGGGAACAGUUCGGUGGAUCCAUUGUGUGAUAAAGGCUGGCUGCACCAAGGCACAAGCUGCUACUACCGGUUCCCUAAAAUACAACCAUGGAUGGAUGCCAAGAAAAGCUGUGAGGACAAGAAAGCCCACCUGGUGGUCAUUAAUAGCCAGGAAGAGAUGGAUUUUCUACGUGUAAUAUCACGCUCAUCGACUUCGUGGAUCGGUCUUAAAAAACAAGAUGGAUCUUGGCAAUGGGUGGACGGGACUCCUUUGGACAAGACUCCAAAGUUCUGGAAGCCCGGUCAGCCUGAUAAUUAUGUUAAUGAAUACGAAGAUGAAGUGGGAGGUGAAGACUGCGCUCACCUGGUUGAUGCGGAUAGCUGGUAUGACACUCAGUGUUCCCGGAGUUAUGGAUAUAUAUGCGAGAAGAUAAUGUCCUAACCUGCUCCGCCGAAACUCCUGAAAGCAUCUGACGUCUCCCUCUGCUCAUGACCCCUCCACCAUCAACAGCGAAGGACAAUCCAUUGACCAUGCAGGACAUGCUGGGAUUUGUAGUAUCUGGGGAAUGGGAUGGACUUGGUGUCCACAACUGAAAUCUUCUUCUCAUGAAGGAACUAAAUUGUCUGUUGUCAAAGUGCAGUUUGUUCCCAGACCCUUGUGUCCCUCAUGUCCCAUGUGUCCCAUGUCUCCCAUGCGUCCCAUGUAUCCCUUAUGUCCCAUGUGUCCCUUGUAUCCCAUGUGUUCCUUGUGUUCCAUGUCCCCCAUGUGUCCCUUUUGUCCCCUGUGUCCCUUGUAACCCUUGUGUCCCUUGUGUCCCAUGUAACCCAUUAGUCCCUUGUGUCCCAUGUGUCCCUUGUGUCCUAUUAGUCCCUUGUGUCCCAUUAGUCUCUUGUGUCCCCUUUGUACCUUGUGUCCCCUUUGUACCUUUUGUCCCAUGUGUACCAUGUGCCCUCUUUGUCCCUUGUGACCCUUGUGUCCCAUUAGUCCCUUGUGUCCCAUUAGUGCCUUGUGUCCCCUUUGUCCCUUGUGUCCCCUUUGUCCCUUUAGUCCCUUGUGUCCCCUUUUGUCUCUUGUGUCCCUUGUGUCCCAUUUGUCCCUUGCGUCCCAUUAGUCCCUUGCAUCCCUAGCGUCCCUUGUGUCCCUCCUGUCCCAUGUGUCCCUUUGCAUCCUUUGUGUCCCUUGCAUCCCUUGUGUCCCAUGUGUCCCUUGCGUCCCUUGCGUCCCAUGUGUCCCUUGCAUCCCUUGUGUCCCUUGUGUCCCUCAUGUCCCAUGUGUCCCUUGCAUCCCUUGCGUCCCUUGUGUCCCUUGCACCCCUUGCGUCCCAUGUUUCCCUUGCAUCCCUUGCGUCCCUUGCAUCCCUUGUGUCCCAUGCAUCCCAUGUUUCCCUUGCGUCCCUUGCGUCCCAUGUGUCCCUUGCAUCCCUUGCAUCCCUUGUGUCCCUCAUGUCCCAUGUGUCCCUUGCAUCCCUUGCGUCCCUUGUGUCCCUUGCAUCCCUUGCAUCCCUUGCGUCCCUUGUGUCCCUCGUGUCCCAUGUGUCCCUUGCGUCCCUUGCAUCCCUUGCGUCCCUUGUGUCCCAUGUUUCCCUUGCAUCCCUUGCGUCCCUUGUGUCCCUUGCAUCCCUUGUGUCCCAUGUGUCCCAUGCAUCCAAUGCAUUCCUUGCAUCCCUUGUAUCCCUUGCGUCCCAUGUGUCCCUUGCAUCCCUUGCGCCCCUUGUGUCCCUUGCAUCCCAUGUUUCCCUUGCAUCCCUUGCGUCCCUUGUGUCCCUUGCAUCCCUUGUGUCCCUCGUGUCCCAUGUGUCUCAUGCAUCCCAUGCAUCCCUUGCAUCCCUUGUGUCCCUUGCAUCCCUUGUGUCCCUUGCACCCCUUGCGUCCCAUGUGUCCCUUGUGUCCUAUGUGUCUCUAAGCCUAUACACCGGGAGCAUGUAGUCCCUCUUAUUGAAAUAGCAUUGAAGUAUCACCUCCCGGGUGUGGUCAGAGCAAAGCCAAGAGUGGUGCCAACCACUGCUCUUCAGAGACCACACCUAGUGGGCAGCCAUGUAUCUUCUGUCUACCUACAAAGACUCUGAAAACACUGCUUUAUUCAGAACCUAAUCGAAAUGUAUGAAAAAUAAUAAAAUAAAGAAAUAUAUUAAAAAUGA